AUGUAGUUUCUUAAUCCAAAAAAGUAAAAAUUUUAGUAAAUACAGAAAUAAGAGUUCAAUUUUCAACUACUUGAUGAAAAUAGAGUGUUUAUGACAGGAACAUUUACUGCUUUCACUGAUGAAGUGAAAUAGUAUAUAAAAUAAAACAAUGGAAGCUUUUAAAAUUUGGAUGGAGAGAAAGGUUGGAUAAUACCAAUAGGAAAUUAUUAGAAUUUGAUAACUAAUCUAAAAUCAUUAUAGUCAGAAGUAAUGAUAAAGUAAUUGCCGCAAUUAUUGUAAAAACUAUAAAAUCUCAAUAUGAAAGAAAUAAAGUAUUUUGAUAACGGUCAACUGGUUACCUUAAAGUAUAAUAAUCAGAUAAGUUAUGAGUAAAUUGAUAAAACAUUAGAAGACACAUUAUAUGAAUAUCAAAAAGAUUGUGUUAAAUAAGGUUUAAAAUUCAAUGGUAGAAUUUUGAUUGCAGAUGAUAUGGGUGUUGGUAAGACAGUGUAAUCUUUGGCUCUUGCAAGUAUGUAUAAAUAGAAUUGGCCUCUGUUAAUUAUGUGUCCCUCGCCAUUGAGAUUGAAUUGGUAGGAUGAAAUCAUACAUUGGUUAAAGAUACAUAAAACUGAUAUUUAAUUGAUUAAUUGUGGUCGAGAGGGUAUAAGAAUGAAUGCUAAAAUAGUUGUGGUUUCAUAUGAUAUUUGCGCUAAGAUCAAAGAUAAUUUAAUGAAUCGAAAGUUCUAAAUUUGCAUAGCAGAUGAAUGUCAUUACUUAAAAAGCCCUUCAUCAAUACGAAGUCAAGUAUGCGUUCCAAUUCUGAGAUAAUGUAUGCAGACAAUCCUAUUGACUGGCACACCUGCAUUAUCAAAACCAAAAGACUUAUUCAAUCUAUUGAAUAUUAUUAGACCAGAUAUCUUUGGUAAUUUUAAGGAAUUUGGAUAUCGAUAUUGUGAUCCAAAAUUAAGUAGAUUCACAAAAGGGAUAGACUUUGAUGGGGCAUCAAAUUUAAAAGAAUUGUACUUCUUAUUGAGAAAUUAUAUAAUGAUAAGAAGAUAGAAGAAAGAUGUUUUGAGUCAGUUACCUGAAAAGAGAAGAGUAAAAGUAAGAAUUCCAGGAGAGACAAGUUAAGUCAAAUAAAUAGGGGCUCUUUUGAAUUAAUUGGGGAAUAUUGAUAUUCAAUAACUUAUUAAUAAAGAUACAAUCUUUCAGGAAUAAAAGGAUUAAAGUGAAUAAUUGCUUACAAUAAAUUCUAUUUUAUAGAAGUGCUAUAUGCUUACUGGUUAAGCAAAGAUUAAGGCUAUAAAAGAUUAUAUUUGUACAUUGUUUGAAAAUGAAAUUAAAUUUUUAUUUUUUGCACACCAUUAAGAUGUAUUGGAUGCUGUAUAAGAAUAUUGUGUUCAAAAUGAAAUUUAAUAUAUGAGAAUUGAUGGUAAUGUUGGAGUUGAACAAAGACAUUUGAAUGUACAAAUGUUUUAGAAUAAUGAUGAAAUUAGGAUUGCUAUUUUGAGUGUUACAUCUGCUAAUUAUGGAAUUACAUUGACAGCAGCCUCAACUAUAGUGUUCGGUGAAAUGCAUUGGACUCCUGCUAUUAUGCUGUAAGCAGAGGAUAGAGCACAUAGAAUUGGUUAGGUUUAAUGUGUUGAUUGCCAUUAUCUAAUAGGAGAUGGGACAUUAGAUGAUCAUAUUUUCAAUAAGAUUGAAAAUAAAAUGAAUACUGUUUCAAAUUUUAUUGAUGGAUAAAAGUAAAACUUAGGAGCAUUAGAAUUUUCAGCUGAGGAAGCAUUGGUUAAAGGAACAUCAAAGCCUACCUUGGUUUCCGAUAAAGGCGAAUCUAUUUUGUAGGAUGGUAAUAUACAACCUUCAAACUAAGCCUUAACAGAAGAUGAUAUGCAGGAAAUCUACCAACUAUUAGAAUCUAGAUCAAAAGAAAAAUAAGAUUAAUUAGAUUUAGAGUAGGCUGAAUCUUAACAAAAAAAGAAUAAUAUUAAAAAAAAAUAAGUUGAAAUUUCUAGUUAAGUUAAAAAUUAAUGUUCAACACUAAAACAAUAAUUACUGGAUAAAUAUUUGAGUAGCAACAAUGCAAAGAAAGAAGUUAUAGAAGAUAAAAAGGAAUUUAAUAAAAUAUAAAAGGUUAUCGAAGAAAACAAAUAAUUAACUUAUGGAAAAAUUCCUUAAAAAUUGAGUUAUUAAUACUUGUAAAGUAGAUUAAACGCAGACAGCAAAUCAACUGAAUCAGGAUAAAAGAAACUUGCUCUACAUUUCACUAAGUAACAACCAAGUCCCAACAGCUAAGAAGAAAUUAUUGAUUAGAAAGUUAAUUGA